AUGGAAAAUCGAGAGCUGGAGAAUUUGCACAACAUCAUUGCGCAUGAUGGUCGCGUGGAGAUGGUCCGGCUUAACAGAGACACGGGCGAGCAGUUCGCGUCAACUGGACAAGAUUUUCUAAUAAAUUUGUGGUCAAUUGGGUCAAAUAAACCCAAAAACACAUUAGGACCAUUCAAAAUAAAAAUAACGGCAAUGGAAUUCUCUCAUAAAGAUAAUUUACUUUUGUGCGGAAACACAGAAGGAACGGUGAUGAUUUUCGAUAUAAAAGAUUCUAGGUGUGUAAAUCAGUGGAUUGCACAUAAAUCAUCUGUCACUGCUUUAUGUGCUCAUCCAACUAAUCAUUCCAUCGUACUUUCAGGUGGCGCAGAUGGUAAAUUACUGCUAUUAUCAACUCAAAUGAGAAGACCAUUACAGAUGUUCAGUGCGCAUAAGGGCACUAUCAACCAUAUAGCUAUAUCAUCAGACGGUCGUUACGCUGCAACUGCUGGUAAUGACAGAACAGUUAAAGUUUUUGAUUUAACUUCUACAAGACAAGUAGCCAAGUUCGAUUGUUUCCAAGAUGCUGUUCUUACUGUUGAAUUCCAUGCAACAAGGCAACUUAUUGCUGCAGGAAGCGCUGAUAAAUCUAUUCAUUUCUUCGAUACUCAAAAAUGUGAAGAGAUAAAGGCAGAUGAAAUACCAUUAGAUUCAUCAUCUAUUGAAAUUAUUCGCUUCCAAUCUGAAGAUGGACUCAUAUUUGCAGCAUCAAAAGAUUAUUUAAAAACUGCUACUUGGGAACCGGUUAAACUACACGAUUACAUGCCAUUAGGCUUCGACAAGAUAGAUGACAUCGCAAUAAACAACGUUACAAUGACUAUUGCUUCUUCUUCCGGAGAUAGAAUUCUUAUAGACAGAUUAAGAAAAGAUUCGUUCAAACCAUACAUAUUUGCCAAUGUGGGAGUUCAUGCAAUUGGCAAAGGCGAGAUUGAAAGAUCGGUUCAAGUUAAAACACCUCGAUUACUUGAUUUAGACGAAAUAAGACCUUCUUCUGUAGAAAGAUCACGAAAAACGUCAACAGCAUCGUCUUCGCGCUCUAAUUCAACGUCAACAACUAUUUCUUCAAAUACGACUUUAAAACCAGAAGAAACUGGAAUAUUUCACUUUAAUAUCUCCACGAAAAAGAAGAAACCAAAAAACAAAACAUUCGAACUAUACAAGGAAGGUCGCAGUGACUCCAUGCAGUUUCUUACGAACAAAUACAGCAAAUUAUGUUCUAUUAACGAUAUGAUUACAAUGUCAGGUCUUGAUGAUACUCUACAGAAGAUCAUAGAUAGUAGAGAAGAUUUAGCAGCUGAUUUACUUGGCAUUAUUCGCUUAAAAGUUGAUUGUUUAAAUAUUAAGUCAGCUCCUGUUGUUAUUCGAAUAGCAGCACUUGCUUUUAUAGAGGAUGCUGAAAUAGCUGUUUCUACAGUAGAAGUGAUUUUGCAAAUGUUCGGAGCUCAAUUUUUGGAUGAUGAGGAAAAAGGAGAUGAAUAUAAAGAAAUGGUUGGUGCUUUGGCAUCAAUAAAACCAAUGCUAACUAAGGUCAAGAAUUCCAAUGAAGAAUAUGCUGAAACUGCCCGACAAAUUUUGAAUGAAUAUUCAGCUUUGUUUGUUUAA